CAGACCCAGAUCGUUCUCGAAUUCUCCCAUGUUUCGACACUCUUCUAUAUUACACUCUCUUGGUCCUUCUCGCUGCUCACGGCAAACUCGACUCUGCAAAUUCAACCCUCGCCAAAAAAAGAAAUUAUCUUUUUGAAUUGCUGCCCGUUUGUUCACUGAAAAUUCAAAGGAGAGAAGAGAAAGAACAGAGAAAUUAUUUUUGGCUGUUCUGUCGCGGUUUUGGCCUUUCGGGUUGGCGUAUUCAACCGCAGAAAUGGCGUCCUGCACGGCUCAAAUCCACAGCCUGGGUCUAACUCGAACUGGGUCGUCUUCAAGAAUCCCCAAGAGAGCGGAUCGCCGAUCAAGUUGGCUGUUUUUCGGGGAGUCUCUGGAUUCAAGAAAGCUCUCGUUCUUGAAGCUGACCGCCAAAAGUCCGAAUAGGAGGAGGACGAGCAGUGUGGGACCGGUGAGAGUGGUGAGUGAGAAAGUGGUGGGCAUCGAUUUGGGGACGACGAACUCGGCGGUGGCGGCGAUGGAGGGAGGGAAGCCCACCAUUGUGACCAACGCCGAGGGGCAGAGGACCACACCCUCCGUGGUGGCGUACACGAGAAGUGGUGACCGGCUGGUCGGGCAGAUAGCGAAGCGGCAGGCCGUGGUGAACCCGGAAAACACCUUCUUCUCGGUGAAGAGGUUCAUCGGGAGGAAGAUGUCCGAGGUGGACGAGGAGGCCAAGCAGGUUUCGUAUAAGGUGGUAAGGGAUGAGAAUGGGAAUGUCAAGUUUGAGUGCCCUGCUAUUGGCAAGCAGUUCGCUGCUGAGGAAAUUUCUGCUCAGGUGCUGAGAAAACUUGUGGAUGAUGCUUCAAAGUUUCUGAAUGACAAAGUAACUAAAGCAGUGGUCACUGUUCCUGCUUACUUCAAUGACUCACAAAGGACCGCAACAAAGGAUGCUGGACGUAUUGCUGGCUUAGAAGUGCUUCGCAUUAUUAACGAACCUACUGCUGCAUCGCUGGCGUAUGGGUUUGAAAAGAAAAACAAUGAGACCAUUCUGGUGUUCGACCUUGGCGGUGGAACUUUUGAUGUCUCAGUUCUUGAAGUUGGAGAUGGAGUCUUUGAAGUGCUUUCAACAUCUGGAGACACACAUUUGGGUGGCGAUGACUUUGACAAGAGAAUUGUGGAUUGGAUAGCAGCAGACUUCAAGAGGGAUGAAGGUAUAGAUCUUCUGAAGGACAAGCAAGCCCUUCAAAGGUUGACUGAGGCUGCUGAGAAAGCAAAGAUUGAAUUGUCAUCUUUAACCCAGACGAACAUCAGCUUGCCGUUUAUUACUGCCACUGCAGAUGGACCAAAGCACAUUGAAAAGACACUGACAAGGGUCAAAUUUGAGGAGUUGUGUUCAAACUUACUUGACAGGCUUAAAACACCAGUUGAAACUGCAUUAAGAGAUGCUAAACUCACCAUCAAGGAUCUGGAUGAGGUCAUCCUUGUUGGAGGUUCGACACGUAUCCCAGCUGUGCAGGAGCUUGUACGGAAGAUGACUGGGAAGGAACCCAAUGUCACUGUCAACCCCGAUGAGGUUGUUGCACUUGGAGCUGCUGUUCAGGCAGGCGUUUUGGCUGGAGAUGUUAGCGACAUUGUUCUUUUAGAUGUGACACCACUAUCUCUUGGUUUGGAGACACUGGGUGGUGUCAUGACCAAGAUCAUUCCAAGGAACACAACUCUCCCGACUUCUAAAUCAGAAGUUUUCUCUACUGCAGCUGAUGGUCAAACUAGCGUCGAGAUUAAUGUCCUCCAAGGGGAGAGGGAGUUUGUUAGGGAUAAUAAAUCUCUCGGCAGCUUCCGCCUUGACGGUAUCCCACCAGCUCCUCGAGGUGUCCCUCAAAUUGAGGUCAAGUUUGAUAUCGAUGCCAAUGGAAUUCUCUCUGUUACUGCUGUGGAUAAAGGAACUGGAAAGAAGCAAGAUAUCACUAUUACUGGUGCCAGCACUUUGCCUAGUGAUGAGGUAGAAAGGAUGGUGAAGGAAGCGGAGAAAUUUGCAAAGGAGGACAAAGAGAAGAGGGACGCCAUAGACACGAAGAACCAGGCAGACUCGGUGGUGUACCAGACCGAAAAGCAGCUCAAGGAGCUGGGUGACAAGGUCCCUGGCCCUGUGAAAGAGAAGGUCGAGGCCAAAUUGAAGGAGCUCAAGGAUGCGAUGUCAGGUGGUUCGACCCAAGCCAUCAAGGAUGCGAUGGCUGCGCUUAACCAGGAGGUGAUGCAGCUUGGUCAGUCUCUGUAUAGCCAACCUGGUGCUGCUGGUGCAGGCCCAGCACCAGGCGCCGGAGCCGGGUCUUCGGACUCCUCCAGCGAAACGGGCCAGGAUGGAGAUGUCAUCGACGCAGAUUUCACUGACAGCAAGUGAGAGAACAGAGGUUGGGUGCACUGUGGUUUCUUCAGCUCAUUCUCGAAGUCGAGUAAAUGAUCAUUGCUGGUCGAAAUUUUAGUGUUAAACUUUUGAGUAGGAGAAUGAGUAUAUAUGUGUACAGGAAGUGGAAAAUGGAAGUUUCCUUUUUUACGGUUUUCUCUUGACUAAGAGGUCUAUAUAAUAUACGGAAAUCUAUUGCGCAAGUGAGAUUUAGAGAUUUUGUGCUCAUGAAAAUAUAGUCCGGAUCCAGCUUUUAGUGCA